GGGACGCGGUAUCCUGUCCGUCGACUGGGCCGUACCUUAAUCCGGGGCGAGGAACUCCCGCCACUAACGUGAACAAGUCGUUUGCGCUGCCGUGACUUGAAAAAUGUGUAAGAUUCUCAUAUGUGCACCUUUCUUGAACACGGAGCAUUGAAUAUCGCAGGUUCGGCUUUGGUGUCCUCGCACCUUGCCGUCAAAGAUAUAAUUUUGAGCAAGCAUUGCCAAUUCGAACGGGUUCGGAAAUGGGUGUCGUCGUAUAAUCUUGUUGGAAGCGAGCCACGGGCUGGCACAGAGGCAGACUUCCGUCAGUCGCGCGCAGUGAGAGUGUGGGUGGGCUGGCUCUUGGUCAUGUGGAUUCUAAACAUAGUCUCACAUUUCCGUUCGGAGAGCACACUGCGGCCGGGCCUAUUGGCCGCCCUGAUACCCCCAAGGUGAGACCUAGUAGUGAGGCACCCGGGAAUCUAAGGUCAAGUGGCUACCCCAAACGUGGGGGUACGGUGCGCCCCUUUUGAGUAAACAUUGACUUCCAUUACCUUUUCCAUUCUAAUUACGCUCUCUUACCAAAGUUCCGGACUGUUUCCUCAUG